UCAGGUGGAUUGUGUCACUCAUACAGAGAGUCAAGGUGGGCCAACCAGCAUACACCACCACAAUUUCAAGGACAGACUGAGUCAGUGAUAAAGAACCUCAACCUCUACAAACAGACCAGCUGGGUGUUCUGUAAUGGCCGGCAUGACUUGAACAGUGACUCAAACUUGGCGCUGGAUUAUAAGAACUGGCUCAGGAAAUCCUGUAAAGAUGUAGAACAGUUAGUUUCAUUCAUCUGCAACCCUGAAGUUCUCCUCCGUGGAAGAUAUCUGAUCAUCUUCCUCCUACUUUCACCUGUGGACACUGAGAAAGACCCAGUCUUUGAUAUCUACAAGGCAUUCAUAAAGCACACUGAGGAGGAAAACAUCAUCAGUGUAUGUGAGUCUCAGAGCACAUAUCUGAAAUGGAGGGAGCUGAUCAAGGAGAAGUGUGACUCUGACAUUGAGCAUCUGUCCAUAAAUGAACUAACCCUGAGUGAGAUCAAUGGCACCAUAAUGACGAUGGGACCAUUCAGUCAGUCAUCUGUACGGCUGCUUCCCUCUUCUGGUUCCAGUACUGUUGUCCUAACACAGAAGGAUGAAGAUUUAUUGACAGCUCUAGAUGUUUUGUGUACGAACCAAUGUGAAAGCGUAGAUGAUGAAAACAGUUCAGAGUUUCAUGAAUUUAGAAAAAGUGUUGAAAAAGAAUUCUACAGAGGUGGCAAAGUGAAAUGGUGGAACUUCUACUUCUGUCACAAAGACAAAGAGAAGCCAUUUAUCAAGCGAGACAAGUAUGAGAAUGUGAUGAAGCUGAUCAGAUCUCAGUGGAGAGAUUCAAACGACAUGUGUGUUCUGCUCAACCUGUUUCACCAUCCUGGCUGUGGCGGCACCACCUUAGCAAUGCAUGUGAUGUGGGACCUCCGUCAUGAAUUCAGAUGUGCCGUGCUGAAAGACAACUCCAUGCCCAAAACAGAAGUUGCCAUCCAAGUUAUUAAACUAAUGAAACUUGAAAGUGAGAAACCAUCUCCAGUUCUGCUCUUAGUUGAUUCAAAAGAAACGGAUAAUCCUUACGAUCUUGUGAUCUCCAUACGUAAAGCUGCAGUAGAAGAAAACUUCAGUGUAAGUGCAGAUGAUGCACCAAACUGGAAAGUUAUCAUCCUUAACUGUGUUCGUUCCCAUAGUCCAAAGCAGCAAUACAGACAGCACAAUCAAACACAGAAUCAGUUCAUAACUGCUUCUUUGACCCCACAAGAGCAGAAAGAUUUUGAAAAGAAACUCAAAGAGCUUGAAGAAACUCAUGACAAACCUGAAAACUUUUACAGCUUCAUGAUCAUGAAGAACAAUUUUGACCAAAAAUACAUAGAUGACCUUGCUCAUAACACACUGGAGAAUUUUGAUUUCAGCAAAAAGGAGUCUGAGCUGUUUGCCUUUCUAGCGUUACUGAACACUUACGUGGAAGAAUCAGAAAUAUCUCUCUCUCUCUGUGAGGAUUUUUUGGGGAUGAAAUUUAUUCGCUGGAGAGAGGACAGUGUUUUGGAAAGAAUGAAUCCGUAUUCAAACCUUCUCAUCAUAGACAGGAUUCAAGAAUCGGGUGGAUACGAAGGCCUCCGGAUACUUCAUCAGACCAUUGCAUCUGCCUGUCUGGCUGAGUUGGAGAGAAGCUGCUACAAGAAAGUCAGUGAAAUUACUAUGCAGAUGCUUCAUUAUGAUCUGUUCUUCAGUACUUUCGUUGUUAAAAACAGACUGAUGCGCUCAAUUGAACGAAUGUUGAUUGAAAGGCAACGUAAAAAAGAUGGAGAUGAGAGAGAACUAUUUUCUCCUCUCGUACACAAAAUCCAUAACCAGCAGGGGAGACAAACCAUCCAAGAAAUCUUUGUGAAAGCCUCAUCCAGAUUUGUGACAAGUGCAUCUAUUCCUCAGGCAUUGGCGAGAUAUUUGUACAUCAAUGAGCGUGACUUCCCAGAAGCUCUGAAGUGGGCAGAAAAAGCCAAAGACAUUAAAGAAAAUCCUUACACCUUUGACACAAUCGGACAAAUUCACAAAAGCAAUUUAAAGUCUAACAUGGACAGAGAAAAGCAGGAGAAAUCACACAACCCAGAGGACUUGGACACAAACAUUAAGAUAGCCAUCAAUGGUAUGAAAGCUUUCGAAAGAGCCCAACAGCUGGCAGAUAAGGAAGAUGAACCUCAAGAAGAACCACCUGAUGAUGACUCAGAGGACUACCCCAGAAAGUCAUACAAUGUUUAUGGGUAUGUGCGCAUGCUAGAAAUUGCUUUCUUGGUCUUUGAGAUACUGAGCAAGUUGCCUUUCUUUGAUGAACACAACCCAAUGAAGAAAAAGUACCUGCAGAGUUUUCUUAGGGGAAAUAAGCUCAACACUCUUUGUGAUGAGGACAAUGAGAUCACCAAUUGGUAUGUCAAGAUCAUCAACGAACACGAGAGGUUUCUUGUUAAACUGAAGUCUGACGUCAAAGAAAUAUUUGAUAUCCUUAACUGUUACUUUGCCUACAUUAAAGGGGUGUGUAAAUUUGACUCAAUGAAUCAUCAAAUAGUCUGUGACCAUUUUAAGAAGUAUGUUCAUCUUUUCUGUAGUACACCUGAAGAAAUGACAAAAGAAAAAGAACAUCAAUCCAAUCUCACUUUGAAAUUGGAUGUCCAGGAACAAAAGCUGUUUCUUGAAAAGAACCAAGCAGACACUUUCUCAGGAAUACUUCAGCAUUUGGACAAGCCUGCUGAAAAGAUUGAAAUGGUCACAGAAUGCUACGCAUUUCUGCAGAAAACUGGCAAUCAAAAACAAAAUUCACAAAUGAAAAUUAAUUACAUCUUGUCAAACAUUGUUCUUUACUUUUUGAAACCAAAAUCUAAACAUGUCAAGAGUUACAGAUUCCUUUCUGGUCUACUUUCAGAAACUCUGCAGGAAAUAGGACUAUGUUAUCAUCUCCCAGAUCCUUAUUAUCUGGCUCUGCUUUUAUUCUGGCCAAGUCCUACAGAGGAAAACACAGAAAUCGGGAAAUAUGUCACAGCCAUUCGAAAAUCUUCCCACAAGUACCUGUCCAAGUUAUUUAAUAAGAGAAGCACUAUUGCCCGCUUAUACUUAGGAAAAGGGGAAGGACUAAAGAGGCUUGUUUCAAAACCUAAACUAGAUGAGAGCUUUCUGCCAAAGAUGCCUCGUGAUACUUUGGCACAACUUUGGUGGAACGGAGACAUAUUUAAGGAAAAAGCAAUCAUCAGCCGCCUCCACCGGGUCAGUGGGACUAUUGAGCAAGGAGCAGUGUAUGCAAACUAUGGUCAACAGAAGAUCCUGGUGCGUCCAGCUCGGUUAAGUGGAAUCAGAAGUGGCUUUAGCACAGAAAAAGUGUCUUUCUACAUUGGUUUUGCCAUUAACGGACCGCUUGCAUAUGAUAUUAAGUAUGAAAACUAAGAGGGAGACAUUCAUAAUGCAGCAAGACACUGAAGUGAGACAAGUCUAGCAGCUGCUAUUAGCUUUAUCAAGAAAAUGUAAAGAAAAUGUAGAGAAAAUGCGAAACAAAAGGUGUAUAAUGUUCCCUAGUCUUCCCUAACCAAAAUAAAAGCAAACAAUAGACAAAUGUCUAAACUAAGCUCCUAAUCCAAACCAAAAAGCCUUCUCACUUCUACUACUGCUGCAGUGUUCGACAUAUACAGUGUAAUAUUUACAAUUAUCUGUUUACAAACCUAUUUACAAAAACUGGUGGGCUGCUCACUAACAGACUUUCAGAUCAGAGUCCCCACACAAGAAUUACUAACAAAGAUGCUGUUGAUUUUGGAGGCAACACAGGAGCUGGUGUUUAUGAGGCUGGUGUCCAUCUAGUCAACCAAUCCUGAAACCAAUUCAAAUCAGCCACUCAGCAAACAGCUUUCUCAGCAAUACACUAAAUUGGAGUUAAGAGAGAGAAAAGCAUAUACUAACAUAUACUGUGAUGGGAGGAGCCGAACACAAAAACAACAGACAUGAUUCUGGAUCAUAACAGUAUAUUAAUUUAAUGUGUUGAUUGAAUUCAGUGAUUUGUAAGUGAUAUGUAUACUCUGUUAUGAUAAGUUUUUCAGAUCACUGUGGUUCUGGUGUGGGAUAUUGACAAGCCAUUUGGAACAGCUUGUUUUAAUUAUGUAAGAAAUAUAAAGUUGUUGCUUUUCCUUUGAAAAAUAUUGCAAUACUAAUCAGGUAACAGGAGCAAUCUCUUUUUUUGACACGAUUAUUUGAUUGUUGUGAUUACUUUGUAGCGAUUUAUAUUUGUAAAUGCUAUCACAGCUAUGGAUUUAAAAAUAUAUAAAUGUGUAUUUUGUCAUUUUUUAAUACGUAAACAAGACAAAUCUUAUGUGUAUUUAUAAUUUAGGAGGUCUUUGUUGAAACUUGAACAUCUUGUUUGAUGGGUUAAGGUUAUGCACUUUGCAGUGAUAAAUGUUAGGAACUCUUUAGCUUCAUAUUCCUCCUGAAACCAAAGAAAUGAAAUAAACAUGAAUGUUUAUUUUAAAAUAUUCUGUUUUUCAUAUUUAUAUCCAGCAGUAGUUGUGGACUCUCAUUCAGAACUCGUAGUGUCUGUAUAAUUAUGGCCUCAUAAAAUAAGGAAAAUCUUUGCUUCUGGCUUGAUUCAUAUUUAUGUUUCUAAUGUUGAUAAAUAAAAGUU